AUGACCGGUGCUGGUGGUGGCGGAUCUGUAUUCGCUUUUCUUAAACCAGAUACACCGCAAACGUUACUGGAUAUGAUCAGCGGCGAAUUGAUAAAGCUUGGCUACGAGGUAUGGCAACCGCCUUUGGGUGGCCCUGGAGUCAUUGAGCACCAAAGGCGACCGGAUCUAUUUCUGACGCCAACGCCGUCGACAACUUGUUCGACGCCUGCGUCUAAGCAUAAGUAG